CCAUUUAAAUGCAUGGAGUGUGGAAAGAGCUUCAGUCACAGUAGAACACUUAGAAUUCAUCAGCGGAGUCACACGGGGGAGAAACCAUUUAAAUGCAUGGAGUGUGAAAAGAGCUUCAGUCGCAGUGACACACUUAGAAUUCAUCAGCGGAGUCACACAGGGGAGAAACCAUUUAAAUGCAUGGAGUGUGGAAAGAGCUUCAGUCGCAGUGGACACUUUAGAAUUCAUCAACGGAGUCACACAGGGGAGAAACCAUUUAAAUGCAUGGAGUGUGGAAAGAGCUUCAGUCGCAGUGGACACUUUAGAAUUCAUCAACGGAGUCACACAGGGGAGAAACCAUUUAAAUGUAAGGAGUGUGGAAAGAGCUUCAGUCGCAGUGGACACUUUAGAAUUCAUCAACGCAGUCACACAGGGGAGAAACCAUUUAAAUGUAAGGAGUGUGGAAAGAGCUUCAGUCGCAGUGGACACUUUAGAAUUCAUCAACGGAGGCACACAGGGGAGAAACCAUUUAAAUGCAUGAAAUGUGAAAAGAGUUUCACUGAUAGUGGAACAUUUAGAAAACAUCAACAGACCCACACAGGCAAGAAACCAUUUACAUGCAAGGAAUGUGGGAAGAGCUUCAGUCAGAGAGGAUGCCUUAGAAGCCACCAAUGGGUUCACACAGGAGAAAAACCAUUUAAAUGUAUGGAGUGUGGAAAGAGCUUCAUUGAUAACCGAGGACUUAGAAUCCAUCAUAAAAGUCACACGGGGGGAAAACCAUAUAAAUGUAAGGAUUGUGGAAAGAGCUUCUCUGAGCUUGGAAAAGUUAGAAUCCAUCAACGGACUCACACAGGGGAGAAACCAUUUAACUGUAUGGAGUGUGGAAAGAGCUUCAUUAAUAGUGGAAAACUUAGAAUCCAUCAACGGACUCACACAGGGGAGAAACCGUUUAACUGUGUGGAGUGUGGAAAGAGCUUCUCUGAGUUUGGAAAAGUUAGAAGACAUCAACGGACUCACACAGGGGAGAAACCAUUUAAAUGCAUGGAGUGUGGAAAGACCUUUAACGAUGGUACAGCACUUAGUUUGCAUCAUCAAACUCACACCGGGGAGAAACAAUAUAAAUGUAUGGAGUGUGGAAAGAGCUUCGCUUAUAGUGGAGGACUAAGAAGACAUCAGUCGACUCACACAGGGCAGAAACCAUUUAAAUGCAUGGAGUGUGGAAAGAGCUUUAUUGAAGGCAGAGAACUUAGUAUGCACCAUCAAACUCACACAGGAGAGAAACCAUUUGAAUGCAUGGAGUGUGGAAAGAGCUUCAGUCACAGUGGAACACUUAGAAAACACCAAUUGACUCACAUGGGGGUGGAAACCAUUUAAAUGUAAGGAGUGUGGAAAGGGCUUCACUAAUGUUGGAAACAUUAGAAGACAUCAACGGACUCACACUGGAGAAACCCUAAAUUCAGAGUGGAACCCUAAAUUCACAUACAGGAAACUUAGAAGACAUCAACAGACUAACUCAGGUAUAAGCAAAUAAAUGUAUGGAGUGUGGAAAGAGCUCAAUAGAAGUGGAAACCUUAGCAAACACCAGCGAACUCACAAAGGGAAAACCAAUUCCUUAUAUGGAGUGUACGUAGAGCUUCAGUCCUGAUGUUCUUACAAAACAUCAAUGCACUUGCAAGGAGGAGAAGCUUUAAUAAAUAGACUGACCUUAACAUAGUAUGGGAUGUCAGCAAGGCAGUGAUUAGGGGUUUCUUGAUUUUACAAGACUCUAUUAAAAAGAACAAAGGGAAAAGAAAA